GCGCCCUUGAUAGGAAAGAAAAGAUCCUGAGCCGGGCGAUGCGCGCAGUACCGGCGCCUGCCGCCAGGGGGCAGUCGGCGCCCAGCGCCCCUCCCGUGAAGUCCUGCGAGGGAGUUUGCGCCCGGCAGCGCCAGGCCCCGGGCGCCACACAGGGGAGGUUUCCUAAUGUGCUUUAAUGGGCGCCUCCUGGUUGAACAUCAGGUCUUUGGUCCUGGAUGGAGGCAGAGCGGCCCCCGGCGGGACGGCCAAGACCCCAGGGUGCAGACGAGAGCGUGGCCGGGGAGGCCUUCGGGCGCCCACCCUGCGCCCUCGCCCCCAGGGGGCGCCUGCCCGCGCCCGGGGCGGGAGGAAGCAGAGGGGGCGCCACGGUGCGGAGGAGGUGGCGGCGGAGGUGGCCAUGGGCGCGCGAGGCCGGACGCUGCUGCUGGCGCUGGCGCUGCUGUUGGCGAGCGUGGGGCCCAAGCAGCCUGAGCCGCCGGAAGCGAACCUGUUGUCAGGGCCGUGUGGCCACCAGACCAUCCCCACGCGCAUAGUGGGCGGAGAAGACGCGGUGCUGGGUCGCUGGCCCUGGCAAGGGAGCCUGCGCCUGUGGGGCACGCACAUCUGUGGAGCGAGCCUGCUCAGCCGCCGCUGGGCGCUCACCGCGGCCCACUGCUUUCAGUCGUCCAACGAUGCCUUCGAGUUCACAGUCCAGUUUGGCGAGCUGUCUGCCAGGCCGUCCUUCUGGAACCUGCAGGCCUACUACAACCGUUACGGGGUGGACAGCAUCUUCCUGAGCCCUGGCUUCAAGGGCGAGUCCCCCUAUGACAUCGCCUUGCUGAAGCUGUCUAGUUCCGUGGGCUAUACCGACAACAUCCAGCCCGUCUGCCUGCUGCCCUCCUCGGCGCAGUUCGUGAACCGGACCGACUGCUGGGUGACCGGCUGGGGCGAUGUGGAAGAGGAAGAGAUCCUGCCGUAUCCCUACACCCUCCAGGAAGUGCAGGUCGCCAUCAUCAACACCUCCAUGUGUAAUCACCUGUACCAGAGGACUGACUUCCGCUGGACCAUCUGGGGAGACAUGGUCUGCGCUGGCGAUCCCCAAGGGGGCAAGGACGCCUGUUUUGGUGACUCGGGCGGACCCCUGGUGUGUGACACGGACGGCCUGUGGUAUCAGAUUGGAGUUGUGAGCUGGGGAAUAGGCUGUGGUCGGCCCAACCGGCCCGGCGUCUACACCAACGUCACUCCCCACUUCCACUGGAUCCAGCACGUGAUGAACCAAAACCACACGCCCAGGCCCGGCCACUGCUCCUCGCUGCUGCUCCUGGCCCUGCUGUGUGCUCUGGGAAUCCAGUAGCCCAUGGGACCCUGGGCCAGCUGUGGAGUCAGGAGCUCCCCCACCCAUCCCAUUUCCUAAUAAAUGCCUUAAGUCAGGGCCUGGCAAAGCA